AUGGAGGCAUGGCUAGGAAGAAAAGAAGAGGAUCAUAUCGUGGCUCAAACACCACCCCUUAGCAAUGCACGAGCAAAGUGGAAAGCUCCACCACCCCAAUGGAUUAAAUGUAAUACGGAUGGUGCGUGGCGUAAAGAGCAUCAGCGAAGUAGAGUAGGUUGGAUAAGCCGAGACAGUAGAGGAAAAUUGCUUUGGGCAGGGGUAAAGGAUUUUCAGAGAGUAGGCUCACCGAUUGAGGCAGAAGCAGAAGGUAUCAAGUGGGCAACGCAGUCAAAGCGCAGUCUCGGCUACAAUCAGGUGCCCUAUGAAACAGACUCUCAGGUCCUUGCAAGGAUGAUCACAGGACAAGAGGUAAUAUGGCCAAAGCUCGAGCCGGUCAUGCAAGAAAUUCAGCAUUAUCUCUCUGAAAAUCCAGGUUACAAGCUAGGUUUUAUCCAAGGGAAGGAAAUAAGGCAGCAGACAGAGUAG